UAAAGAAGUGUGGCCGAACCGACGGCCUCAGUUCCCGGUGAGAUUCCGCCCGCCUGCCCGCGACCCCUGCCCGGGCCAAGCCUCGACCGCUCCCCGACCCCUGCCCACGGGGCCGCAGCGGCAUGGAGGCGCGCUUCACGCGCGGGAAGUCUGCGUUGCUGGAGCGCGCACUGGCGCGGCCGCGCACUGAAGUGAGCCUGAGCGCCUUCGCGCUGCUCUUCUCCGAACUGGUGCAGCACUGCCAGAGCCGCGUCUUCUCGGUGGCUGAGCUGCAGGCGCGCCUGGCCGCGUUGGGCCGCCAGGUGGGCGCGCGCGUCCUUGACGCACUGGUGGCUCGGGAAAAGGGGUCCCGGCGGGAGACCAAGGUGCUGGGUGCGCUGCUCUUCGUCAAGGGGGCCGUGUGGAAGGCGCUCUUUGGCAAGGAGGCUGACAAGCUGGAGCAGGCCAAUGACGACGCGCGCACCUUCUACAUCAUCGAGCGGGAGCCGCUCAUCAACACCUACAUCUCGGUGCCCAAGGAGAACAGCACCCUCAACUGUGCCAGCUUCACGGCCGGCAUCGUGGAGGCCGUACUCACACACAGCGGCUUCCCUGCCAAGGUCACGGCGCACUGGCACAAGGGCACCACGCUCAUGAUCAAGUUUGAAGAGGCCGUCAUUGCCCGAGACCGGGCCCUGGAGGGCCGCUGAGCCCGGGAGAUAAAGGAUGCAGAAAGCCCCUUU